AUGAUAACAUGCCACAUUGCACAGUUAAACUGUUCUACAAAGCGAAAUAUGGGGAAGUAUUCAGGGAAGAAAUGUCGUUUAUUGUCUAUGCUGUGGUUGACAGGAAGUUUCUUCAUAGUGGAACUUGUAGUUGGAUAUGUGACCAAUUCUAUGGCCUUAGUUGCUGACUCAUUUCACAUGCUGAGUGAUGUAGCAGCUCUUGUUGUAGCUUUCUUGUCUGUAAAGAUGUCACCAAAGAAAUGGUCGAAGAACACAUUCGGUUGGGCACGAGCGGAGGUACUAGGAGCUCUUGUGAAUGCUGUAUUUCUGGUCGCGUUGUGCUUCAGCAUCACAAUAGAGGCUGUGCAGAGGUUUAUCAACAUCGAGACUAUACACAAUCCUAAACUACUCGUCGCUGUUGGUACACUGGGUCUCAUCCUAAACAUUGUGGGCCUGUUUCUGUUUCACGAGCAUGGUAGCAGCCACGGACAUACACAUGGUGGUGUUCCGCCCCCGUCCAACGUCAGACACCUCACGGAAUUGGUGAACAGCAACGCUGAUAUGGCCCUGGGCCACGCGACAACAGAUACAGAGGAGACGGACGAAAUGGUGCCCCCCAAAGUCGACAAGUUACCCAACAACAAACAAGCUCCAAAACACACAGACGCUGGCAAUUUGAAUAUGAAAGGAGUGUUUCUACACGUGCUCUCGGAUGCCUUAGGUUCAAUAAUAGUAGUAAUAUCAGCGUUAGUGGUCUGGUUGACGGAGUGGGAAUACCGCUUCUACAUCGACCCGGCCCUGAGUAUAGUCCUGGUGAUCUUAAUCCUGACGUCCGUUUGGCCACUGUUGAGAGAAUCUGCGCUUAUUUUACUGCAGACUGUACCCACGCAUAUACAGGUGGAUGCUAUACAAAGGCGCCUUUUGGAUGAAGUUGACGGUGUGCUAGCGGUACACGAGUUCCACGUGUGGCAGUUAGCUGGUGACAGGAUCAUCGCAAGCGCACACAUUAGGUGUAGAAACUUAUCAGAAUAUAUGAAGAUAGCGGAAAAGGUUAAGGAAUUCUUUCACAACGAAGGUAUUCACUCGACGACGAUUCAGCCAGAGUUUGUAGAACUGCCCCUAGAUGGAAAUGAGAUGAUAAGUUCGUCAGCAGAAGCGCCGUGCGCACUGCACUGUCCGCCUAACGACUUAUGCCAUAACGCGACGUGUUGCGGGCCAAAUCAACAGAAACAAAGCACUCCCUCGCCGGUUGUUACACCAUACAUGUGCAGACAAAGAAAUAUGGGUUCGCGAACAGAAUCAGUGAAUUCCAACAUUGGCACUGGAAAUCAAGGGAACCCAACUGCAAGGAAUUUGGAUGCAUUGGAGUGCGGCUCACUGCUGCCAUCUCCAAUAGGAGACAAUCGGUUGGCGGUCUGA